AUGGAUCUAUUAGGUUUAGGAUCAAAAGUUGAUAUUGACUUUUUACUUGAUCCACAAGGUCAACGAAAACAAAUUGAAGUUAAACUUGAUGAUAAUAAUAAUAAACGUGUGUUGCAAUAUAUUUAUUAUGAUGGUGAAGAUGUUGGAGGAACGCUACAAAUUAAAUUAAAGAAAAAUAGCAAAGUAGAACAUCAAGGUAUCCGAUUGGAAUUUAUUGGACAAAUCGAAAUGCUAAAUGAUCGAAGUACAGUUCAUGAAUUUAUUAAUUUAUCAAAGUUACUCGCUUUUCCAGGUGAAUUAACCGAAAAUACAAGCAUAGAUUUUCAUUUUCCAAACGUUGAAAAACCCUAUGAAUCUUACAUUGGUAUUAAUGUUAAAUUGAGAUAUUUUCUUCGUUUGACAAUCAUAAGACGUUUUACAAAUUCAGUAUCCGAACGUGACAUAUGUGUUCAACAAUUAUCACAAUAUCCCGAAAUAAAUAAUAGUAUUAAAAUGGAAGUUGGUAUUGAAGAUUGUUUACAUAUUGAAUUUGAAUAUAAUAAAUCAAAGUAUCAUUUAAAAGAUGUUAUCGUUGGAAAAAUUUAUUUUUUACUUGUGCGCAUUAAAAUAAAACAUAUGGAAAUAGCUAUUUUAAAAAAAGAAAGUACUGGAAGUGGACCAAAUAUUUAUGCUGAAACUGAAACAGUAGCAAAAUAUGAAAUUAUGGAUGGUGCACCUGUUCGAGGUGAAAGUAUUCCAAUUCGUCUUUUCUUGGGUGGUUAUGAUUUAACACCAACAAUGAAAGAUAUUCAAAGAAAAUUUUCUGUUCGAUAUUUUCUUAAUUUAGUUCUAGUUGAUGAAGAAGAACGACGUUAUUUUAAACAACAAGAAAUCGUUCUUUGGAGAAAACAAGAUAAAGUUAAACAAAAAAAUUCAGCUAAGCAAUAUGCCCAUUUUGAAGCUCCUAAUUCAGCUGUAAAACCAGAAGAUAGUGCACCGGGUAUAAGUGGUAGUGAGAAUUCUCCGGUAUAUGGACCUUCAUCAUCUGGCAAUAAUAGCGAUUCAACUAUUGCAUGUAAAUGGACUCGUUGUCUAUGCUUUAAACAAAAUCCAAAUAAUUAUGAUCAAACCGAAAGUAUUUCAUCGGUAAUACAAUCAGAUAGAUCAACAAUUCAUCCAUAUUCACAACGUUCUCGUAGUCAGGUUCAACGGUUCCUAUCUUGUGACCAUAUAGAUGAUGUUAAUCGAUGCAUAUGUACUACGAGAGAUGGAUUAUUAUCACCACCUCCACCAUCUUAUAAUAGAUGUCAUUCUAAUGAAGUUAAUUUAACUGAUGUUACCAUCACAAGAUCAUCAGUAAAAAGUAAUCAACAGCUUGUUCCUCGUCUUUCGAUUAAUCCAAAAGUUUCUAGUUCAUCGAUUACAGACAGUGCAUUUUCAAUCAAACAAUAA